GUCAUGCAGGGUCUUCCUUAUUUCCAAGACGUGCAUGAACAGCUUAUUUGUUCGUUAUUUUCUUAGUUUUUGAGGUUGAUGAAAUUACCAGAGGCUUGAUGAUAGCUUGUGUUAAUACCACGGAUCAUUGCAGUCGGACAAAUUUUCUUGUAAAUCAUUCAGGGAGCCUAGGAUGUCCCGUCAUGAAGGUGUCAGCUGCGAUUCCUGUUUGAAAGGCAACUUUCGAGGGAAGCGAUACAAAUGUUUGAUCUGUUAUGACUAUGAUCUCUGUGCCUCUUGUUACGAGUCUGGUGCCACUACAACAAGACAUUCAACUGAUCAUCCAAUGCAGUGUAUAUUAACUAGGACCGAUUUCGAUUUAUAUUAUGGUGGCGAAGGGUUAACCCCUGAGCAGCCGCAGUCAUUUACCUGCCCGUACUGUGGUAAGAUGGGCUUUACGGAGGCAUCUCUGCAGGAGCAUGUGGCAGCUGAACAUGCAGACUCUUCUGUGGAAGUGGUGUGUCCAGUGUGCGCAUCUUUGCCUGGUGGGGAUCCAAACCAUGUCACGGAUGACUUCGCUGCCCACUUAACAAUAGAGCAUAGAGCCCCACGAGAUUUCGAUGAGGCAUCAGGUAUCCGGCAUAUGCGGCGGGUACCCCAUUCUGGUCGAGGGGUUGGAGGGAUGAGGGCGAGAAGGUCCAAUAUGCAUUUUUCCUCUGCGAGCUCGGCACUAACUGGUCUUUCACCUAGUAGUAGAGAAAGCAUGGAUCCAAUAGCGGAGCUACUCUCCCAGUUAUCUAGUGUAAGAAGUCGAGCAGCUGCUGCUCAGAGUGUCUCAUCACAGUUACAGCAAUUAGAAAUGCAGUUACAAUCCACACGAGACAAAAAUCAGAACAGACAGCAGUUGGAAAGGUUACCACGCGGCCAAGUUGAGGCUGCCCGGCCUAAUUCUAGUGGAGCCACGGCCUCUGUAGAACUUCCAAGCACUAGGAAUACUUCGAAUUCGAAUUCACAGUUUUUGUUAUCGAGAAUAACGGAAUCAACUCUGUCAGACAGCGAACAACAAGCUUUAGAUAUGGAGCGGGCCGACCGUAGCCUGUUCGUUCAGGAGAUACUUCUUUCAACAUUGUCGGAAAAGCUUCAACUCAGCAGUGAUGAUAGUGACGAAGACCUCCACCAGGGGUCACUGGGACUGUUUAAUAGUGAUAGGAUAUCGCAUGACCAUAGAAAAAAGGACAAUAGAAAAAAGAACAUGGUUAAACAUGUAGGCGUAGAUAAUAAAAAAUCGGACAAGGAGCCGCCUCCCCACUAACAAUUAGUGAUCAGGCUGGGCCAUGGUUUGAAGUCGACAAACUGUGCUAGGUAGAAGCCUUUAUAUAGUGUUUAUGUAGUAGGUGUACGUAUCCUGAAUUGGAUUUGGAAAACCUAAAGGGGCUACUGUGGGAUGCUAGCCACUGGGUCGCGACCCAUGACUGCGGUGGUUUUGGACUCAUGAAUGACACUACGAUGUUGAUUUCUCUAUAGCGUGGGUCAGUGCAGAUAUGAUUUAACUCUUCAAAAGUUCUAUGAAUGAAAUGGGGUGGCCGGCUUUGUUCUCAUUGACAUAGCAUACUUCUCUGAUCCCCACAACUGACUUGGCGUUAGACGGGGUGACACUGACCCAAAGUGGGGUGACAUUGACCCACACAGUUUCCCCUUACAGCUUGAGUUGAACCAUACAUGGUGAAUCUUUUAUUUCAACUGAAUCACUGUAGGAAGAUAUAUUGAAAGAUAACUCAGUUGGCUAAAGAUAGUCCGGCCUAAAUAAUAUUUUGGGAGGUGGGGCAAAGUCACCCCAGGGCCACUGUCACCCCACUGAUGGUACAUGUAAUUGUAAGCACUGAUGUCACGUACGUGUAUCUUCAGGGUUCUCGGAUCAUGUCAUUGGAAGAGGUUUUAUAACCCCUUUUAUAACCCCUUUUAUUUCAGGACGAUUAAAUUGAUUUGUAAAAAGUUACACUUUGCUCAAUCUCUGGCCCAGAAAGGUUGAACUAAUUGUCCUAAAUUGAUCCUGUUUCGGUUGCUUCGAUUUUGUGAUGUAUUAUUGAAAUGUCAGAUCAUUCUAAUUAUUUCUUUUGAGUCCUUUUUGACAUUUGUGUGUAUAGUUGUUUAAUUGUGGAUGGUUGCGAAAUUAAUAUUAACCCUUUAGUAAUGUAAUUCAUGCACCAAUCAAUAAAAGUGCAAAGAAAACUACUGUGUAAAUAUUGCAUUGGCUUCUCUCGUAAUUUGGCCUCUGGAAAAUAUGGUUCCUAUUUCCAUGUGUCAAUGUACAAGUAAGGGCACUCAGGAAAACCAGAUCGUUCUGAAAGUAACAUCUAUAUUUUCCAAAAGAACCUGAUCUCUUGAGUCUUCAUUUCUUAAAAAAUUACCCUGUUCAAUUUCAAGUCAACUCCCUCUCCGAGAGUAUCAGAUUGCAUGAGUGAUUAUCAGGCUUUAGAAGUUCUCUACCAACAAGAUUCUACUCAUUUACCCCUGAAAUCCUAAAAAAAGCAAGGCACUCUUACAAUGUUUUAGUUAACAAACUGGUCUGUUCCUUGUUCCUGACCUACAUCGGUGGACAGAUCAGAUGAUGAACCAAAUCAGCCAUGAGGACCUCUAAAUUUAAACCAAAUGUUCCCUAUUUGUUGAAAGGGCCACCUUUUGCCAGUACCUAACAUUAAUUCGUUUUGACAUUACUGCACAGAAAUUUCUUUGUAGAGCACAGGCAUAAACAGGGUGUUUAGCAGUGUGAACAGCCCCCCCCCCCCAUCGCAAAAAAAUCCUUAGAUGUUUGGAGAGUGCCUCUCCUUUGGGCAAAACAACCUCCCCUAUAGAAAGCCUAGCUAUGCCUAUGUGCAGGCACUUGCCCUUUCCUUGUGUCUAGAAUCAACUAAUCUAAGAGAUCAUAUAAUAUUCACAUCGUCUAGUAAAUAUCCGAGAGUGUCGCAUUGUUGACAUAUAACUGUUGUUUCGAAGUAUUUAAUUUCAAAAAUUGUUCUAAAAUAUGCUGAUUUCUCUUCAGACCUUUGACAACAUAUGUGGUCAUUUCCUGCUAGAAACCUUGUGAACUAAAAUGAUAUAGCAUGAAUAUAUCAGUGUAGCCUGGUUCUGUAUUGUCUCAUAACAUGGCUAAGUGACAUUGUCUACAUUAAUGGGAUAACUGCGUACCCCAUCUGUGCUCUCAAUUGCACUCAAUAUACAUUGUUAACCCUUUCAGGAUGAGUCUUGCAAAAUUGCGAGCACCGCAAUACCAAGUUUAUGGACCAGUCUCGCAGAAAUGCGAGAUCGACGAUCUUUUCACAUCCGUUUUCCAGUCAUUUCUAAUGCCGAUCUGCAUUUUUUAACUGCUCCAAGGGGAUUCCCGACAUCCUGGGGAACACCCUUUCUAUUCAUGCCAACUUCAUAGCGAUUCGUGCAAAGCCGAUACUUUGCUUUCAAAAACUUUCAA